UGAAAAUGCCUUAUAUAAAGAAGACAUCUGGAAAAAGAGCUCCUGCGAAGAGGAAGCUUGCAGAAGAAUUUGCUCCAGGAGAGGUGUUAACAGAUACAUCAAAAAAAGAGUGGAAAUUAGGCAUGCAUAUAGGGCAAGGUGGCUUUGGACGUUUAUAUCUUGCUGAUGUUAAUUCUUCAAAAUCGGUUGGCAGUGAUGCAUCUUAUGUUGUAAAAGUGGAACCCAGCCAGAAUGGACCUCUUUUUUCUGAAUUAAAGUUCUACAUGCGAGCUGCCAAACCAGAGCAAAUUCAGAAAUGGACUAAAUCCCAUAAACUGAAAUAUCUAGGCGUACCAAGGUAUUGGGGGUCUGGGUUGCAUCAAAAGAAUGGAAACAGCUAUAGGUUUAUGGUAAUGGACCGAUUUGGGAGAGAUCUUCAGAAAAUAUAUGAAGAAAAUUCAAAGCGUUUUGCACAUAAAACUGUGUUACAGUUUGGCUUAAGAAUACUUGAUAUUCUGGAAUAUAUCCAUGAAUAUGAAUAUGUGCAUGGAGACAUCAAGGCCUCAAAUAUUCUCCUGAAUUACAAGAAUCCAAAUCAGGUGUACUUGGUUGAUUAUGGCCUUGCAUAUCGAUACUGUCCAGAAGGAGUUCACAAAGAAUAUAAAGAAGACCCAAAAAGAUGUCAUGAUGGGACUAUUGAAUAUACUAGUAUUGAUGCACAUAAGGGUGUGGCUCCAUCAAGACGUGGUGACUUGGAAAUUCUAGGCUACUGUAUGAUUCAUUGGCUCAGUGGCCAUCUGCCAUGGGAGGACAAUUUGAAAGACCCCAACUAUGUCAGAGAUUCAAAAAUCAGAUACAGAGAGAAUAUUGCGGACUUGAUGGAAAAGUGCUUUCUUGGGGAAAAUAAGCCAGAUGAAAUAGCCAAAUACAUGGAAAAGGUGAAGUUAUUGAGCUAUGAAGAUAAACCUUUUUAUCAGCAUUUCCGAGAAAUACUUCUACAAGGGCUCAAGGCCAUUGGUCAACGGGAUGAUGGAAUAUUGGACAUUGGUUUGUCAGAGAAUGGAGACUUGCAAACAAAGCCCAUACAAAAGAGGAAAAGAAAGGCAGCAGCAGCAACAGCUACAGCAGAAGAAAGCACUGAAAAGGAUGUAGAAGAUGCAGGAAGUCCAAAACAGAAGAGACGUACUCCUUCUAAGUCAGGAGCAACCAAAACAAAGGCGAUCUCACCGAUAACUAAGAAAAACCCAAGAACUAAAAAGAGAGUCCAGAAGUAGAUGAACCAAAAUAACGUGUUCUUUUGUCCAACUAUUCUUUGUUCAAUUCCUGUAGCACUGGAAUUUUUCUUUCCUUUUUUUUAAACAUUCAGUUAUUUUACAGGAUUUGUAUGAUAACUGCUGAAGUUUGUACCCGCUUUUGAAGAAUAAAUGUUUUAAUAAAAUAUUUGUGCACACUAUGUACAAUUUAAUUCUCAUAAAUACAGAAUUUUUUCCGAACUUUGAAAUGAAGUUGAUUUUAGUUUGUACAAAUUCUUUUUUUCCCCUUCAGAUUACUAUUGAGACAUGAAAUUUUUUUGCUGCUUUAUAACUUGGAAAGGGAGCCCACAACCAUUUGAGGGGUCUUUUUUCCCUUUUCCUUUUAUGUUCGUUUCUUAGAAAUAUUAGCAAUGUUGCUUCUAGUCUUCCCUGGUUUUGCAUGAACACUUAUUGGAGGUCUGAUAUGUAGAUGUAGCACUAAUUAGAGGGGAAGAAAUAGCAAAUAAUUAGAUACCUUUUGUUCAACUAUUUCACAGGUGUUUGUUUUAUCACUUAAUUCAGUCAAGCUUGGCUUACACUACAAAAUUUAAUGUUGAAGUACAGAUUUCAGCAAUCACAUUGGUUAUUUCCUCUUACCUGUGUUUAUGUAAUGAAAUUGCUGAAAACCAUUUUCUGACGCAUUUAAAUUUUGUAAUGUGGCCGAACUUCAGUUCAUCGAGUUUCCUUUGCCUAAUAAUGCCGUCAUAUCAAUUCUCUAGGUAUCCAUAGUCUCCUAGGGGAAAGACACUAGGCAAGACCUGAAUUUCUGUUGGAAACCCUACAAAACACCAUGUUUUAUUUUUACCAAAAAAGAAGCAAGGAAGGGUAUGAGCCCACUUUUUUCCCUUUUUUAUGUAACUUUUUUUUACUUACACAUUUUCCAUUUUCUUACACUUUCCUUUCUUACUUUAGGGAAAGCUUGACUUGUGCUUAUCACAUGAAAAUCAUCUUUUGUCCUUGCUGCUUGGUAAGAUGACUUUUUAAAAAUUUUUGAUUCCAUUUUUAAAGCACUUUUAUGCUGAACUGCCUUGUUUUCUUUUCUCCCCCUGCCCCCUUCCUAAUCCCAAGUAUUUCUGGGGAAGUUUUGAGAUCAAGUAUGGAGAUCAGUGUUUUACCCUGAAGCUUGAAAACCUUUUGCACUUAGGUAAUGCAAGUGACUUUCUUUUAAACUGGAACAAUGGACAUAAGUCUUCUGAAGAAAACUGCUUUACAAAAAAUGGCAAACUGUUUCAGCAGCAUAUAGGAGUAAGUGAACUUUAUUGGUAUACCACUGUUUGUUCUUGCUAAUUUAAAUGCUUAUAUAAUGUUAGUUAUCCAACUGUCCACAUUCUGAAAUAAACGAGGAUACUGGAAUAUAAA